AUGGGCGGUGGUGGAAAGAUCCCUUACCCCAAGCACGUCUGGUCACCGGCCGGGGGUUGGUACGCCCAGCCUGGCAACUGGAGGGCCAAUACUCUCGUUGCUGCCGGCUUCGUUGUUGGUAUCUUGGCUGUGACCUGGAAGUUCAGUUCUGAGCGAGAAUCAUGGGCUCGCAAACCGGAGCCUGGAGACUGGUAUCCGAGCCGACGUUGGUCGAAGGAACUGAUUCAGUGGGACAAGGAGGAUAGACUAAAGGCUGAGCAGGACAAGGAGCAGAGCUGA